AUGCCAGCACAACGACCGCGUGCUGCCUUCGAGCCGAUCGCGCCCGACUUUGACAUCAACGGCCUUAUAGAAUCUACGCCCAACUUCUCGUUUGUUGAUCGCAUUUCAGUCGACCAAAUCGACGAGCAAGGUGUCGCCGCCUUCGAAAAGCUCGUCCUCCUCCAUGUUAUCAUCGGCGGCAAGCCCCUCGUCGUCGACGGAUUUGAGAACCGUCUGGACCCGUGGACCUUUUCUGCCAAAUGGCUGAAUGACAAUGUCGGUUCCAAGGUCGAGAGCUCCAGGAAUCUAUCGACAAAAGAGUCUCUUCCCCUCACCAUCGGCCAUUAUCUCAGAAACAUGAACAAGCUGAGCAAUCAGUUCUUUGAAAACACCCGUAACUACAAGGACAAGAGUCGUCAAAGGAUCUAUCUCAAGGAUAUCGACUGCCCACAGGUCUGGCACGACAAACUUCAAGACCACAUCCCACCCUUCCUCUUCUACCUCAAUGAGAGCACCGGUGAUAUUGGCGGCCCUGGUGCCAAUCCUUACACUCUCGGCCCUGGCAGACGCCCUGCUCGUGGAAUCGCUCGCGCUGGUGAUCUCAUGAGUUCGCUUCCGCCCGAGAUGCGCGCUGAAAACCUCAUGUGCUACAUCGGCCAUGAGGGCACCUACACACCGUCACACCGAGAAAUGUGUGCCACCAUGGGCCACAAUAUCAUGGUAGAAGCUUCCAAGGAUGUUGGCGAAGACGGCAAGCCCGAGAGACCUGGCUCGUCCAUCUGGUUUAUGACCGAGUCCAAGGACCGCAACACUGUCUCUGAAUACUGGCUCUCAACUCUCGGCCAUGAUAUAGAAGUUGAGAAUCACUUUGCCCAGGUUUCGGCGUGGAAAAGAGCCCCUUUCAAUGUCUAUGUUGUUGAACAACGUCCCGGCGACUUCAUCCUCAUUCCUCCGUUAGCUCCCCACCAAGUCUGGAACAGGGGAACUCGAACUAUGAAAGUUGCCUGGAACAGGACCACAAUCGAGACUUUGGAAAUGGCCUUGGAUGAGGCUCUGCCGAAAGCAAAAAUUGUCUGCCGAGACGAACAAUACAAAACCAAGGCCAUCAUCUACUACACGCUGAUGUUGUAUUCUAACAGACUCGCAUUGGCAAGAUCGCAGUCAGAUAAGCUCCCUGCCGACGCUGCCCGUCAGCUAAUGGGAGGUCCCAAGAUAAAGCAAUUAAUCAAGGACUUCAGACGCCUUCUUGGCUUGUUCAUGGAUGUUCUCGUUGCUGAGAUGUUCAACCCUGAUGGUCCUCAGGAAAAGUGUGAAUUCUUGCCCUUCGACAGCAAUGUCACAUGCGCCUAUUGUCGCUGUAAUAUUUUCAAUCGUUUCUUGACGUGCUCAAACUGCAAGGACGCACUCGGACAUGAAGAGGAAGAGCCCUACGACGUUUGCUUGGACUGUUAUGCUAUGGGAAGGUCGUGCGGCUGCAUCUCCAAUCUCAAGUGGACCGAGCAAUUCAAAUGGAGAGAACUGACCAAUAAAUAUGACUCCUGGCGCAAGCAAGUCAUCGACCUGGAUGGCGGAAACGCAGCAAAGGCUCCUCCACCACUAGUGGAAGCUCGAAGGAACCUCCCUCAUAAGACGCUCGCUGAAGUCUGCAGAGAGCAGCUUAAACGCCGCCCCUUCACCGACAUCGCUAAGCCGAAACAAGAUGACGAGCAGAGUGAGGAGGAUAUUAUUGUGGACGAUGAAGGCCGUGUCAAGAAAACUGUCAAGAAGAAGCCAAAGGCUUGGUACAAGACGCACAGUCCUUGCCAUGUCUGUUGUAAAAGACACCCUAACUGGAAAUCUGCAAAGUGCACCACGUGCGGCAAAUGGUGGUGCUAUGGGUCUUUAUUCAGAGGAGCCGACAUGAUUCCACUCACUGUCAUGCAAGAUGCUAACUGGUCGUGUCCACAUUGCCAAAAUGCAUGUUUCGCAGGAGCUUGCCGAAAAGAUCCCAAGCAGCAGCCAUGUGAGCCCAAAGGCACCCUCCUCGGUCAUGAUACCAAGAGGAUUGCCGAUGCCAGAAGUGUGGAAUGUCUUGUUGACUUCUCUGUCUCCAACCUGACUUGGUUGAGGGACGAUGACGAGGACGUUCAAGAGAGUGUCCGCAUCAGGAGAGCUCGCGAAGAGGCUAGAAGGGCUAAGGAGGCGGACCCUCUAGUGGACGACGAUGACGACGAAGAAGAACCUGAUAUUGAACAGAGCCAUGUCCGGUUCGACUACUCGCCUGAUGAUUCCAUGAUUGAUCCUCAGCUAAUGGGCACUACUACAACUCAAAACAAUCGAACUAAGGGAAAGGCUGCGGCUUCCCUUCUGCCACCACCGGAAGCAAUGCUGAAAGGUGCCAAACCAAGCACAUCUCCUUUGGUGAUGGGCAAUGGAUCCACAGUCGAUGCACCCGAAGGAUAUGCUCCUGCCACAACCAGUGGAUUCGCUGCUCCAAGGGCUCGAAUGUAUCCAGAAUUCGAAGACAACAGCUAUGCUUACCCUGACCCUCUAGGUGAAGACGAUGAAGACGAAGGGUACCAGCCCAUCUCCGUGUUGCUGUCUGGCUCAACACGCAGAAACAAGCGCAAUCAGGACGCAUACGAAGAAGACGAUGACGAGAUCUACAUGGAGGGAGCUCGCACCAAGAGACGCAGAGUCUCAGAAGAUCCUGCUGCUAUGGUUUACAAGCCUAGAAACGAAGCUACAAAGCAGUUCGAAAAGGAAAAGGAACGCAAAGCUCUAGAUGAGGCCAAGAAGGCAGGCCGAUUUAUCGCAGCGCAAGCUGCUUUGCGGGGCAAGAAGCGCGUUGUUCGACUUCGUAUAUCUGGACCACGUCUUGCGCAAUUGCUUGCACAACAAGCUGCUAAGUCGUUCCAGCCUGUCUCCGAAACUCCAGAAGUCGACCAAGAAGUACCUCCAGAGAACGUGCUUGUGAGAUCGGAUAUCGCUCCCGAGGAAAAGGCUAAGAAGAAAGCNCCCCAACAUCCCAACAGGAUGAAGGUUCGAGUUGAACGCGAUGAUGACUUCAGCAUGAGAGGUGAACGUGCAGCACGUACGGAAAGGCGCAAACGUCAGACCAAUGCAGACUAUGAAGAAGUCGAUGUUGAAUCUGACUUCAAUUCUGGAGAGGACGACAACGAUGGCGUGUACAAUGGCUGUCAACGGGAGAAUGGCAAACGCAGGAUAUCGUCUUACAUCCAGAAGAAGCACGUUGACGAUCCCGACCUUCCUGAUGAAUUGCCUGAGAAUUACAAAGAUUCAAGGAGCAGAAUGGAAGGAAGGGCGCCUAACAGACUUGGACCUGCCGUGCGUGCACGAACAGGAGUACCCGGACAUCCAAAACCAGUGCCUCAACUAGAUGGUGCCGCCGAUCGUGACGACGACAGUGCUUCUGAAUCUGACGAUGAGCAAGCAACGUUCGAGGAACAGAAUAGACUUGCCAAGCUAGAAGCACUCAAGAUGGUCGAGGAAGAAGCAGCUCGCGCACCUCCACCGAUGCACUGUUCGAUCUUCGACAAAGGCAAUGGAAAGAAGAUCCGCAUCGUCUCAUCCACGGCCAAGAAGAGAUGA